AUGACAGAUAUUCAUCCUCAGGAUAUCAUUAAGGCCAGUAGUCUAAAUAUUCUCCUGCAGAAACGUUUAUCAGCAGCUUUGGCAGAGGCUGCAAGCGCUACGGACCAACUUAAAGCGAGUAACAUGGAAUUCUUCGAGCUGCGUGAACGACUCGCUUACUCCGCCACUGAGCGUGCUUAUCUCAAGGCUGCAGUUGAGGGACUUGAUGAACAAGUGAGAUUCAGGCAUUUAACUCACCGAAUAGAUGAAUUAAAUAAUGAAUAA